GGAGAGGUAAACUGGAGACAUGCCUAAGCUCCAGCAUAUUUUUGCCAAAAGUGGCCACUCUCGCUGAGAGUCAAAGAUGAAUAUUUACGCCUAAGAGCUUCAGCACAUUGCCAUUAAAUUAGGCAAUGACCCCUAAUAUACAACAGUUAAAAGUAUCAAAUUUCAAUUUUGAGUAUUUACAAAUAAGAAAAUCAAGUAUGUUGCUUGGGUGAGUUAUUGUUUCAGUUGUGAGUAAACAAAAGUGAAAAAGAAAAUUAUGCUCUAAAUAUCUCAGAAAAUAAACAGGUAGCUUUUAACUUUCCUUCUUUCAUUGUUAAAUUCUGGCAUUUAAUUACUAUUCAACUGAUUCUGUAAUGUUAGGAGGAGUUAUGUUUUGAAUCACAGAUUUUCUUUCUUUCACUUCACACUUACUACACUAAUAGUUCUCUCGAGUAGUUAUUUGUUUGAUUUAGGGUUUAAAAGCUUAUGCAUUACAAUAUUGAUGAUGAUUCUUCCGGUGGGUUUAUAAUCCGAUUUACAUUCAUUGUCCCAGGAUAAACUUACCAUGCAGAAUAUGUGUAUUGAGAUCCUUGCUAUUUAUGUCCAUCAUAUUUAUUUUGGAAGGAGUUUAGCUAACUUGUUGGAUAGUUAAUUGUCAUGAUUUAUGGAAGAACUGUAUUUAAAUGCAUGUUUAGUGGGUUCUGAUGCAUCUGUUUUGUCAUGUCAUUCGUUUCAGAUGUUCCCACCGUGGCUGAGACAAAAUUGAAUUUCUUAAAGGCUUACAAGCGACCAAUUCCCAGUAUCUACAACACCGUUCUGCAAGAGCUAAUUGUUCAACAACAUUUGAUGAGGUACAAGAGGACUUAUCGUUAUGAUGCUGUGUUUGCCCUUGGAUUUGUUACUGUGUAUGAUCAACUCAUGGAAGGGUACCCAAGUGAUGAAGACCGGGAUGCUAUAUUUAAAGCAUAUAUUGAGGCACUACAGGAGGAUCCAGAGCAAUACAGAAUUGAUGCCCAAAAAUUGGAAGAAUGGGCAAGUUCUCAGACUGCCACUACAUUAGUUGAUUUUUCAUCUAGAGAAGGAGAGAUUGAAGGCAUUUUGAAGGACAUUGCAGAAAGAGCUGGAGGCAAGGGAAGCUUCAGCUACAGCCGAUUCUUUGCUAUUGGUGUGUUUCGCCUUCUUGAGUUGGCAAAUGCAACUGAACCCAGCGUUUUAGAAAAGCUUUGUGCUGUGCUCAACAUAAAUAAAAGGAGUGUGGAUCGCGACCUCGAUGUUUACCGCAAUUUACUAUCCAAGCUGGUACAAGCAAAAGAGCUCCUGAAAGAAUAUGUGGACAGGGAGAAGAAGAAAAUAGAAGAAAGGGCAGAAUCUCAGAAGGCUAAUCAGGCCGUUACAACAUGUUUGGGGGAAUACCAACCAGCCGGACGAUAG